AUACAGGUCUAGAAGAGUGCAAUGGGAACUCUGGACACAUAAAACAAGCACAGAGCCAAACUGAGUAUCAUAGAAAGAUGAUUGAUGAGAGUGAUACUGAAGAAGAUAGGAAGCUCGGUUCUGCACAUUGUAUGAUCACCAAGGCUGGCAUCACUUGCCGUCAUAUAAAGCCAUUUCUGACUAAUUGCAAUUCAGUUAGCUUUAACAGAACGUUCACGCCACUUCCCAUCACAUUAAAGCAUCUAACCUCUUUGGAUAAAACUAUACAUGGAACAGUCCUCCAUCCUUCCAGUGAAAAGUGCAGCCCGGCUAAGAAGAAAGGAUUUUCUUCUAUUACAAUUACAGCCAGAAGAUAUAUUGCAUCUUUAAGCCAUGCUCCAAAGGAAAUUACCACUGACCCAGCUUCUUCUCAGUGCAGAAGUAAUGACUUAUUAAUGAAGGCUUCUGUUUCAUCAGAUGAACAUGAUCAGCAAUGUAGAUAUUUAAAUAGCGAAGAGUAUAAUACUAGGGCUCCUGAGCCUUGUGGAUUUUUUCAUUCUCAGGAAUUGCCACAGCAGCCCAGCGCAACUACUCUGAAAUAUUUAAAUGGCAUCCACAAGAGGAAUUCAAGAUUGUUCAUCUCUGGUGUUCAUAUUAAAGUGGCUCACACAUUUCCAGGAAGCAUUUAUUACAUAGACAGGUCUUAUUUCCUUCCUCUUGGUCAGGUAGCCAACCCAAGAACAUAUAAAUCGACAAUGUCUUUUAAAAUACAGCCCAGGCCAAGAAGGCCAACUGGGAUUAGUAGAUGUGAGACUCCGAAAUUACCUGCUUACUCUCUCUGCCACUAUUUCUCAAUUCCAGGUACUAAGGGAAAUAGUAAAUGUAAAGCAGAUCAAACUCAGCCACCAAAACCAAUCCAUGAAAUUCAGUGUACACAGUAUAAAGAGCAUCGAGAGAGUCAAGAGGAGAAGCAGAAUGUUCACGACCACGAAGCAAGUCAACAUGUUUCCAGUUAUCGAAAUAUGAAAGCCUUUGGUUUGUCGCAGACACUCAAGCAGGAUUCUCAUCCAGUUUGUGAGAUUUAUUUGCAAAAGGACUGCCCGCCAAAGGACGCCAGUAACCUUGGGCCAGAGAGGCCAACCGUAACAACAUUUAACUUAAUAUUUGGGAAACAAAUUACAAACCUAGAGCACAAUAAACAGAACUUGCACAAGGAAAAGAUCCUAGUUAAAGCAGGACACAGGUGGCAUAAGUCGUGCAGCAACAGUGGAAGUUCCGAUAAAGAGAACAUGCCGUUACCAGAAAUAAAUGAAAACAGCAAAAGCAAGGAAGUAUCUCAAGAAACAAUGAGUCUGCAGGAAGCUCUAGAACACCACAGACCAGACUUUAUUUGUAAUUCCCAAGAACGUGUCCACAAACUGGUGCUCAUGGCACGACAGAGAAAAACACAGAAGCAAGAAGCACCAGGGUCAAGACUUCAAGCAAAACCAAUUCACCUGAGAAAGAAAGUGUUUACUGUUCCCCAUCCUCUAAGUGAUAACUUAUUCAAACCAAAGGAAAGAGCUAUUUCGGAAAGAGAAAUGCAGCAAAGAUCAAGAAGGAUAUAUAACAGCUUGCCUGAAGUGAGAAAGAAAAAAGAGGAAGAAGAGAAAAGAGUGAUAACCCAGAGUAACAGACACAGAGCCCAGAUAUUCAAAAAGAAACUUCUGGAUCAGAUUCUGCAUCGGAGUUCAGACUGAUGAAAGAAAUGUAUUUAAGUGUAAUUAGUUGCACAGUCUUGGUUAGCAUAUUACUCUAAUGUAAUUAAAGUGGAUUUGUACUUCGCCUAUACUAGGUAAAUCAACAUGUUCAGGGUGAUAAGAGGUCAGUCCUUUCCUUCCCACACUCAACAGAUGCCAUAGUUUCACAAAAUAAAUAACCAGUAGUGAAAGUGCAUCUAAACACAAAAAAAUAUCCACAUUUU